AUGAAUUGGUUCGCGCUCAGCAUCGUUUUCCUUGUAGCAGUUCAACAUGGAAGUUCCUUAAAUGAGGGCGAGGGCUGCGUGAUCAGACACACAGACUCACCGGGUGUGUGUACAGUGUACACCAGUCUUCAGUCUUCAGGUGUCAGUCUAACAAGUGUUGUGUGUGUUACAGAGGGCGAGGGCUGCGUGAUCAGACACACAGACUCAACGGGUGUGUGUACACUGGGCUCCAAGUGUCUGCCUGCCUUGAAUGAUUACCAGAGGAACGGCAUCCCUCCAACGUUAUGUUCGGAGCAGCGGUUCCCAUUCCUCGUCUGCUGCACUGACCUCACUGCGAUCAAUCAGAAGCCCGUUUUCGAGAAGACGACAAGAAGAAAAAGACUAAGCGAGAGAAAGUGCGAUGAAUACAGCCGGUACAUGCCCGAAAACACGCCAAAUUGCAUCGACGACCAGGUCAUUGAAAAAGCCAAGCGAGGGGAAUUCCCGCAUAUGGCCGCCGUGGGCUGGGAGAAUUAUUUGAGGAGGACUGACUACAUGUUUGAGUGUUCAGGCAGCCUCAUCAGCUCUCGGUUCGUGCUGACCAGCGCAGACUGCAAGGUCGGUCCCUACAGUCACAAACAGCCGCCGAAGAUAGUGAGGCUCGGCCCUUUGGACAUCCCCAUGCAAGACAACGCCACCGAUAGAGACUUGCCAGUUAAAAGCAUCCACGUGUACCCAGGAUACAAUUCUUCUGUCAUAUACAACAACAUAGCGUUGCUCGAGUUGGAAGCGGACGUGGACUUCAACGAUGACAUCCGCCCGGCGUGUCUGUGGAGCAAACCUGACUUCCCGGGGUACAGCAAGGCCAUUGCCACGGGUUGGGUAGUCGAUGGCAUCAGUGAGUAUCAUCAGUAUCAUCAUUCAAGGCCAUUGCCACGGUUCGUCAGUAACAUCCGCCCGGCGUGUCUGUGGAGCAAGCCUGACUUCCCGGGGUACAGCAAGGCCAUUGCCACGGGUUGGGUAGUCGAUGGCAUCAAUGUGCCAUGGGACGCAUUAAACUCACUCAUGAAGAUGCCGUUCCGCCUUCUGGAUUCAAACUUCUGCAACAAAACUUUUGAGAAGUACCAACAGGAAUGGUGGGGAGUCUCAGACGAGCAGUUGUGCGUUGAAAAACUGAACGCAUCAUACGGCAUGUGCACGGGACCCCCCGGUUCGCCGCUGCAGGUGGUGUCGCGCUCCGACAAGUGCAUCGUUCAUGUUGUGGGUGUCUUGACGCUAGCCACGUGGUGCGGUGUCCACGUCCCCUGGCCCGCCGUGUACACACGCGUGUACAGCCACUUGGACUGGAUCGAGGGAGUCGUGUGGCCUGGCGAACAGUGACGCGUUCAUCAGUAGCAGCCUCAGACUAAUUAUAGAAGGACCUGUAUCGCACUCACAGUCACGAACAAAAUUGUCUGUCAUUUUCUGAAGAAAACGAGCUUAGAUUAUAUAUCGUAUACUAAACUAGAAGUAUUUGCCCGUUUUUUACAGCAUUCAAUUACAAAAAAGGUAUUUUUACGGAGCUCUUUAACCGACCAACACGAUUACAACUAUUUAACAUCGACACUGUAGAGACAGUUUUUAUAAUCGCAUUAGAUCGUUGAUCAUAUACUUUGACAGAAAAGUAACGUCAAGCGAGGCAGGUCCUAUACAUUAAUUGGUCUGAGGUAGCAGCCGAUGGACGUCCUGGACAUGGCCUCUUGCAUGGACUUCGGAAUACAACGGAGGUCGCCAUUCCAGCACCUUUAUAAUAUAUAUGUAUACUUUUUUGUUACCUUACUAUAAUACAUAUU